CGCGUCGCUGGCACACCACCAGCCACUGCAAAAACGCUCUCUGUUCCCGACUAAAAACACGUAAAAAACGUUUUUAUUUCUGUAGCGAGCGGCCUCUAAAUUUAGGCCGUAUGGAAACCGAAAGUAAUACGAGCGAUUUUGGUUGGGGCCGCGUUGUCUGUAUUUAGAUUAGAGCGAGCAGCGCGGCGCGGGCGCAGUGGCGCGACUCGCGACUCGGGAGUAGCGGCGCGCGACUCGCGACGCGACCUCCGCAGCACCGCGACACCGCGCACCGCGCGCCGCCCUGCGCCGUCGACUGCAUUGUGUGAGCCCACUGUGAUACAACAUGCGCACGCGCUGAAAGUUUAUCAAUGAAAAGUUUCGUGUUAUAAGUGAUACAAUAAAAAGGAUUUGGAUGUCACAAAUGUUACCCGAAGGCGGAGAAGUGAUGCGGCGCGCGGCGUGCGGCGACGUGUGUCCCCCGCCGCCGCCCGCGCACCCGCCGGCGCCACUAGCGCUGCACAGGACAUCUGAAAACAAAGAGUUGCUACGUCAGCAGCUCUUGUCAGCCAGUAAGGAGCGUCUUGAAAAACAGGAGUCCCCGAAACCAAAGCACGCUCGCAACAGACAGAAGAAUCGAUGGAAACUCAAGUUCCAUCACCAAGCACUGCCACAGGAGUAUCUCGACCACUACGAGCAGAGCUUGCAGAAGGCCAACGCAGCUAAACAGGCUCAGCAGAAACAGAAACCGCCAGAGAAGCCCAAAGUAGAAACUAACUUUGACAUCAACAACUUUACUAACGAGACGUUCAAGAUCUGGGCGCAGAGGCUGGCGGGCAUACAGAAUGAGACCGGCACACUGACUGUGCCGCAGGUGUCUUCAAUGCUCAACAUGGCUGCCAAGCCGCCUGCGAAAGACGACAAGAAGAAAAAGAAUCCUGCCAUAGCUCCGAGCAAAAUCGUCACGUAUGACGACUUACCGUACAUGGGAGAAAUGACUCUCAAUAACUCCAAGCCAAGGAGAGGGCGUAAACCGAAGAAGGCAGACAUCUGUCACUUAAUAUACGAGAACUACGGGACCGUAGUGCCAGGACAACCACCCUCUGCACAAGAGAGGCUGAACCAACUGAACAUGUGCCCUCCCUUUAAGGGCGGAGACAACCCGCCCACGAGUAACCCAAAAACUGACUUACAGAACAAAAUCAUCUCUAGUUUAUUAGAAAGAAAGUUGUCACAAGAAAAUAAAAAGCGGUUAGAAUCGCUGACUCCACCAAAGUUCCCCAGUCCAGACGAACCAAUGCCUGAAGCUCCGGUCACUAUUGCAGGACCUUUGCACAGUGACGAUGAACCGUUGAACCUCUGUAUCAGAGACCUCCACGAUCUAAAGAUACAAAUCCAAAAGAAGUUUGGAAACAUUUAUUCCUCCCUCCCAGAAGUAAAGACUGAAGCAGAGUCUGAGAGUUCAGAGCAAGACAGUAGUAAGCUCGAGCAGCCUCCCAACGCUAUCUCAGUGAUACAGAGGAACACGAACCUCAGUCCAGUGACUGCCAGCAGCUCGCCCGACCUGUCGCGGCCGCGCAACGUGUCGCCCACGCUCUCGGAGCCCGCGCAGUCUACGUCCAGCCCCGACAGUGACGGCAAGUUCCCCGGGUACGUGUACUGGCCCAACGCUGGCAUCUACAUGCAUCCCUUAGCACUACAGACGCAACUAUUAUAUUACCAACGGCUAGCGGCCGCCGGCCAGCUACCGUUCAGUGCUGAAGGUGAUAACAGGGGACCUACGUCCACGCCAAACAGUGUUAGUGAAGUGUCAGAGAACUCGUCAAUAGACGAUAACAAAAACAAAUUAGUGCUCAAACAAAUUUCAGAACUGUUAGACCCAAAAGUGAUAAAACAAGUGGAAGAGGCGAAACAAAGUCCCGACCAAAGUAAGAUGAAGAGGGUGUCACCUAACCCCGCGCAGGGGCCAGUGAAACGGAAGCGGUCGGCUAUAUUCAUACCGCCGAUGCCAACCAAGACUAACUCCACCACACCCACCACUGAAGUCAGCAUUUGCAAGUUUAAGUUCACGGGAGGUUCCAAGCCUUCACUUCAAGAGAAAAAGAUGCUCUCCGUCGACUCUGGAGGAAAUUUCAGAUAUUACAGUGGUACGGGCAACAAGGGGAACAAAGGUUACGAGUACCUGCAACGUGACUCUAACCAAGGCAAGAACUCUGCAGCAGCAGAAACGUCCACAUCGCAGCCUAAAUUAGAGGAACAUGGAGGUACAGCUCUGAGUAAAGAAGACUUGAGUAAAAAGAAGAGAAAGUCUAGGAAGAGUCUGCAGAGAGAAAAACUAGAGCAGACGUUCAAAGAGAAGGGGUUUCUGAUACAGACGCAGCAGUUGCAGUCCGCGGAGGGCGCGACGUAUUGCAAGUUCCGUCAGCUGCGCAAGUUCACUCGGUACUUGUUCCGCAGCUGGAAGGAUUACUUGCCGGGGGAGCUGGAGGAACAGGCCGCGCCCCCCUCCACUCCACCUUCUGCGCCCCCGCCCCCGCCGGCAGAUCCCGCUCCAUCCACAGAGUGGGGCUGACCCUAUGAACCCAGAUAUAACUAGGAUGGACCGAGGCCCGUGCCCAGGGAGCACCUGUCUAGGAUGAAGGAACCAAGAUUGUACAUAAUUGUCAAGUAACUCGGAUGCUGGAGAAUUAACAUGGCCGCUCGGCGGUCGAAUAAUGCAUUUAAUAAUUGUGUUUAGUGAGAUUUUAAACUAUUAAUUUGUGUUAUUUUGUUCUUGAUUGCCACUCCGUCCAUAUUGAAUGUUGAUUGUUUAAAGAUGUAUCUUCGCUCGUGUACAGUACUCGUUGUUAAUUUUAAGGUUGUUGUAUGUUGUACUGAAUCCUAGAUUCGCAUAAGAUUGUCAGACCACUGUGUCCGUCUUCAAGUACUGAGAAUGUGUAUUUUAAUAUAUUAAUGCUGUACCUACUCACAGACAGGCCUAUUUAUUUCAUGUACUUACGUAUUAAGUCGAGAUUUUUAAAUUUAAAUUAUAUUACAGCAAAUGUACAAGCGGUGCUAUAUAAUGUUGUUACUGUAAAUACUAUAGACAUAGAGAAACUAACAAAGCUAGUCACGUGACACCUCUAACUUAGCUCUAGGUACUGUAGUGUAGGACAAUCGGCAAACUGUACAUAUUUGCGAACCAGAGGCAUUCUAGUCAUUACGAUAAGUUAUACAUUGUUAUUGAUUGCUGCUAUGUAUGUGUUUAAUUCAAUAAUAUUGUUUAUAUAAUGUUUUCUUACUUUUAUAAAAAAAUGAAACCAGAUGACUUGUAUACAAUAAACUUUAAUGUAAAGAAAACCACUUGAUUCCGUGAUUAAUAAAAUAUAAAAGAAAUAAUGAAAACAGGAAUGUAAUAUACCAAUUAAAACAUUUAACCGAAACAAUAUCUUGUAUGAUUGAACAACAGACACCCGAAUGAAUGUAGACACUUGCCGCAGCUGAGAGAGCUGCGACAGUGGG